UUUUGCCAAGUUCAGCUUCCACCUCUAUUCAACAUUCCAAAGUCCCAGCUCCAAUGUUUUGGUGAAUCAGCCUACUGCUUCAGCAAAAAUCUGUUGCAGCAGUGCAACAAUGCUGAGAGCUCACUGGACAGAUUCACCUCUGUUGUAGCAUGGAGCAUAUCUACUACACGUCCUCCCUCUUUUGGUGUUGCCCCUUACAAUCCCAUUCUUGGAGAGACUCACCAUGUUUCCAGAGGAAGCCUCAAUGUUCUACUUGAACAGGUGUCCCAUCAUCCACCAGUUUCAGCCCUCCACGCGACGGACGAGAAAGAAAAUAUUGAGCUGAUUUGGUGCCAAAAACCUGUUCCAAAAUUCUAUGGCACAAGAGUAGAAGCUGAAGUGAUUGGAAAAAGGCAACUUAAACUCCUGAAUCAUGGAGAAACUUAUAUGAUGAAUUCACCAAAGCUCAUGAUCAGAUUUCUUCCACCUCGGGUUGAUUGGAUUGGCAAGGUAAAAAUUUCUUGCCAGGAGACUGGUCUUGAAGCUGAGUUAUGCUACAUUACCAGUUCUUUAUUAGGACGUAGAGGAGAGCAUCGAGUUAAAGGAAAGAUCUACCAGUCUUCAUCUAUGAAGACCUUUUAUGAGGUUGAAGGAUACUGGAACAGUAUUGUCAAAGCCAAGGACAUUAAUAGUGGCAAGGAGACAAUUAUAUAUGAUGCAAAGGAAGUGUACUCUGAGCUCAAGACUCCUAUAGUCAAGGAUUUGCAGGGAAUUUGGCCAACUGAAUCAACUGCAGUGUGGAGUGAGGUGAGCAAAGGCAUACUGAGCAAAAACUGGACGAAGGCAAGAGAAGCAAAGAGCACAGUUGAGGAUAACCAGAGAAAACUUGCUAAAGAGAGGGCAUCAAAGGGAGAAACUUGGGUUCCUAAUCAUUUCACUGUAUCUGAUAGCAAAGAAGAUGGUUGGGACUGCUCACCUAUUCAAGAAAGAGUCCCACCAGCCCCCAUUGUUGUCCCUCUUUAAUAUUCUUUGAUUUGUGGCAAUCUAGCAGUUUACAAUGAACACUUUUAUGUGGUUUAUCAGGUUUUAAGUCCCUUCUCUUGGUUUAUUCAUGCGAUUAUUCUAUUAUCAGCAAAGAAAGGAAGGUUCUAUACUUCCGUUGGUAGCUGGAGAACCUUCCUGUAAACAAGGUUUGAGCUUCAUUGAUUACAGUACUUCAUCAUCCUUAAUCAAAACAGCAAAUAAAUUAUGUGAUUACUAGGUAUUUUGCAA